UAACAAGCGCGGAGGAAUAUUUAUGUCACACUGCGCAGUUAACAAGUGGACUAAGUGGAUUUUGCGGCUAUAAUUUGGAAAGACGUCACUUUCGCGGGGAAACAUCGGAGGAAGGAUUUCGCGCCAACAGAAUGAACUCCAUUAGGAGAAAAAGAUGUCAUCCAUUGCAGGAUGUCAAGUUGCAUAUCAGAUUAAAGUCUGAUAAGGCUGUGAUUGAAGAGCGUUAUAUUAAUGUUUAUAAAGGAAGAGGAGUGUUCAGCACGGUGGACAUUUGCAAAGGAGAUUUUGUAGUAGAAUAUAGGGGUGAACUGUUGUCGGAGAAAGAGAGUUUUGAACGAAAGAAUGGAUAUAGUGAGGCUAAAAGUGUUUUUCUCUAUGAUUUCCAAUGGAAAGGGAAGAACUGGUGUAUAGACGCAUCUCAAGAGGACAAGUCUUUAGGGAGGCUUGUCAAUGAUGAGCACAGGAAUCCAAACUGUCGAAUGAAAGUAGUAGAUGUUGAAGGAAGUCCACAUCUUUGUCUCUUUGCUGUUAGAGACAUUUUGUCAGGAGAAGAGAUUAAUUAUAAUUAUGGAGAUUCAGAUUGGCCUUGGAGAAGACAGGUGGCUGUAUCAUCCCCACCAAAAGAGAAAAGUGUCCAGAAUGACAGCCAGAUACCCCAGUUGGAGUCUGGCUACAUAGAGGCAAUGGAUGACUCGCACGCCAAAAAAAAUAAGUCGCUAAUGGACAAACAAAUGACCCAGGCUAGUGACAGUUUUGGUGAAGUUAUGACUGCGGAGAGAAAACGGAAGACCUCUGUGGUGGCUGUAUCAUCCCCACCAAAAGAGAAAAGUGUCCAGAAUGACAGCCAGAUACCCCAGUUGGAGUCUGGCUACAUAGAGGCAAUGGAUGACUCGCACGCCAAAAAAAAUAAGUCGCUAAUGGACAAACAAAUGACCCAGACUAGUGACAGUUUUGGUGAAGUUAUGACUGUGGAGAGAAAACGGAAGUCCUUUAUGGCACGAUUACAGAAACUGAAAAGGCACCAUAGCAAAUGUCUAGAACACUAUGUGAUGGAAGACAAUGAACGAAGGAGACUUGAAAAAGAACGGACCUUGCUAUUGUGUAAAGUUAGUCAGAUUAAUGAAAAGCUUGAAUCUGGAUCUGGAUUACCUUCUGCCUCUGAUGAAUUUGGUCACCUAUCAGCUGAUCAAGUGGAGGAGACUGUGAUGAACACUUACAGUUCAUCAGAUGUUUCUGAAUACACUGACUAUAGUGAUGUAGACUAUGUGCCAGAUAGCGACGGAAGUCAUUUGAAAUGUAUAUUCUUAUGUCUUGUUUAAUGAAAGAUGCCAAUUUAUACCUGUGUGUAUAUAUGUAUACCUACAUAUGUACAUAUAGGAUGGAAAAAACAAUAAAUAAAAGUUCUUGUUAGUUACAA